GACGACUUGAAGAGAAGAUGGCCCAGGUGCAAGAGGAGAACGCCCAGGUGCAAGAGGAGAACGUUGAUGUCACCCUGGACGCUGACACGGCUCACCCCAGACUGGAAAUCUCUGACGAUGGGAAGAGUGUGAAAGACACUGGCACCAUCAGAAAGGUGCCCAGCAAGGAGAAGAGAUUUGAUUCCCACACUUUUGUGCUGGCAAAGGAAGGAUACACAUCUGGGAGACACUACUGGGAAGUAGAUGUUGGCAAGAGAAGAAGCUGGGCCUUGGGUAUUGCCCGGGAAUCUGUGACUCGCAAAGGGACAGUGACUCUGUCCCCUAAGAAUGGCUUCUGGGUCAUAGGGUUUGCCAAUGGGCGAGAGUAUUGGGCCCACACAGAGCCUUGGACCUGUUUGAGCGUGAGUGGGAAGCUGCCAAUGAUUGGGAUCUUCCUGGACAUCUCAGCCAAGCAGCUGUCAUUUUACAACGUCCAGAAGAAAACAGCUCUGUACACUUUCACCUUGGGAGGUGACAGCAGUCAGGAAGGGAAGUUUUUUCCUUUCUUCUCAACAGGUCCUGCUGCUGCAAAGCCUGACACUGAGCCUCUAAGGGUAGUGCAGGGGUUUGCUGAUGAUGAGUGA